AUGCAGCAUUAUUUCUGUAAAUCUGCAUUGAUUUCAGUAUUACUGAUGAUCGCUGAUGGCUUCAUUGUGCAUGGUCCCUCUGCUCCUCUGGUUGCUCCUCUGGGAUCUUCAGUGGUUUUGCCCUGUUAUGUUGAUGAACGCUUACUAAUGGAGGAUCUGGAGGUGGAAUGGAGAAGAACAGACUCAGAGACUCUGGUUCAUCUGUAUCAAGAUGGUGAGAGUCGACCAGAGGUCCAGCAGCAGGAUUAUCAUGAUAGAGCUCAAUUCUUUACUGAUCAGAUUCAACAUGGAAACUUCUCCCUCCGUCUGGACAAUCUGACAGCUGAAGAUGAGGGACGAUACACAUGUAGAUUUUACAGUCAGCAAGAUUCUGGUGAAACUGUGGUUCAGAUAAAAGAUGUUGAGCGUUUGCUAGUAUCAGGCUCAGAUGAGUCCAUAUCUGCAUCUGUGGGUGAGGACGUCACUCUGAACUGCUCUGUAGACUCUCACAUCACACCUGAACACAUUGAAGAGGUUUUAUGGAGGAAAACAGAUGAAGAUAUUCUGGUUCUGCUCUACCAAAACAAUGAGACUUUUCCAGAGGUAGCAUAUGAGCAAUACCGCGACAGAGUUGAGUUCUUCACUGCUGAAAUCCCCAAAGGAAACUUCUCUCUCAGACUGAAGAGUGUCAGAACUGAGGAUAAAGGAGUUUACAUGUGUUUAGUGUUUGCUGGAGAUCUUUCAGCCAAUGCAACAGCAGAACUGGAGAGACUGGGUUUCUCUGUUUCAAGCAUAAUGGUAUUGCUUCUCUGUAUUUCUGCAUCUGGAUCUGCUCUUCUGCUCUGCUGUCUGAUCUACAGUAGGUCACCUACUAAAG